AUGCCUUCAAAUCUACCAAAAUCGUCUCUUUUGCUUCACAGAAUCAACAAUACAACCACAAAUUCCACCACCUACAAACAAUCCCCUCAACAGCAGCCCAGCGUCAGCCUCCAACGGCAGACACCACUACCGUGUGCUACCCCUGUGCCAGACGCUGUGGCAAGCUACCAUACCCAUCCAAUGGGACCCAACCAGUGCUGCUCCGCCGUGAUCCAACAAAUCUCCGCCCCGGUAUCCACUGUGUGGUCCGUCGUCCGCUGCUUCGACAACCCCCAAGCCUACAAGCACUUCGUCAAGAGCUGCCACGUGAUUAACGGCGAUGGUCACGUUGGCACCCUUCGUGAAGUCCACGUCAUCUCAGGCCUCCCUGCAGCCAACAGCACCGAGCGCCUCGAAAUUCUCGACGACGAAAGUCAUGUCAUCAGCUUCAGCGUCGUCGGUGGGGACCACCGCCUAGCGAAUUACCGGUCGGUCACAACCUUACACCCAACUCCGGCGGGAAAUGGGACAGUUGUCGCCGAGUCAUACGUGGUUGACAUACCGGUCGGCAACACUAAAGAAGAAACUAUGGUGUUCGUCGACACCAUUGUCCGAUGCAACCUACAAUCACUAGCUGAGACUGCAGAGAACUUGGCCAGACGAAACUGUCCAUGA